AAAGUUUACUGUAUUUGUUUGCAAACCAUUCACACUUCCCUUACGUAUGACCAAUGACCUAAUCGGCAGAAUAUAGAAAUCUUGCAGUAUGCAUUAUUUCACAAAUGCAUUCGGAAAUCCACUGUAAACCAUUACAUCUUAUUCUACCACCCAUACCACCCAUUAAGGCCUUCAAAUUGGACUAAAAUUGAUCUUGAGAUUGUGCAGCUGAUAACAUGCAUGUAAAUAAUAGUUUGUCUCCAUGAGAUAAGAUAACAGAUGUAUCGGCUUCUAAGGAUUUUUAAAUACGGUCCUGAGGUCAGAGGUCUGGCGUUUUUUCAUAUGCUAUUCGCUAUCACUACGUGUAAUUUAAGACUGUACCUUCACGCUGUCAGUGCACUAGUACAGGACUAUAGCACGGCAACUAAUACCAUAAACAGCCUAGUUKCAGUUUUGUAGCCCUGUUGCUCUUACAUAAGAGUGUUUGGACGCCCUUUCAUUUUCAACACGAUGCAAGAAAGCAUGGAAAACGUAACAUCCCAAGUUGGUCCACGAAGACCGACCUUGGGACGAAGAGUGACCUGCCAAUACUACAGUCCUGCCUUGGUUCUUUCUAGAAACGAUGAGAAAAGACUACAAGUUGUACUAGAAUUGCUACAAACAGAAGAAAGAUAUCUUACCUGUCUUCGCACAUUGAAGUCGGUGUUUGAGGAUAAUCUUUAUUCAACUCUGAUCAUCCCAAUUAAAGAUAUAGAGACCAUAUUUCCUGUCGAGUUGAAUGACAUCAGAGACAUUCACGAGUGCCUUUACAAUGCUUUAAAGAAGAGGGUGCUGCAAUGGAAUGACCGAAGUACCGUGGGAGAUAUGUUUGUCGACUUUGUUUCUGAUAACAAUCAAUUUCAUGUCCUUGGCCUUUAUUCUUCCUUCUCGAACAAUUUCCCAAAAGCCAUUCGCACCAUCAACAGGUGCAUUAAAAACUGUGGUGGAUUUAAGGACUUCUUGCAGACCCCUUCGACUAGUCUCACCUGCAAAGGGUUAGACCUCCAGGCUUUACUACUAAACCCCAUACAGAGGCUACCGAGAUAUCUACUGUUGUUCAAGCAAUUGAUCAAGUUUACUGAUGUCAAUCAUCCUGAUCGUGUCCAUGUGGAGCAGGCACUGGUAACCUUGUCCAAUACCGUCACUAUUCUCAAUAAUUCCAUUCAAAGCUCUCUUAAAGUUGCCAAUGGAUUGACAGCCAGAAAAAGAGCAACGCGACGUCCGUUGAACUGUCAGAGAGACUCCAUCAAGGUCUUUCACAGGGUAUCAGAACAACACGUCCUUAAUUUGCCACAAGAUGCAAAAGUCAAAAUAGAAGAAAGCAGUAGCAGUUGCGCAACUACACCGCAAUCUGUGCGACCUGCGUCUGUGUGCUCAUCUGUUUCGUCAGGCUACGCAAGCGAUGAAGGAGACAGUUCCCCUUUGAACACCUGUACAAACAACGAAUCGAAAUACUGUGAAAGAAAUGCCGAGUUUACACGUUUGGUUCAGGAACUGAGACAGCAAUCUGCACUUGAACAAUUAGCGCAACAAAAGUUUGACUUUUCCGUUUCCUGCAUCUCGCCUACUUUGCAAAGACUGCAUAUUUUGAGACUUCAAGACGUCAAACAAAAAGAAGAAGAUGAUAAAAAAGAAUAUCCUCUAACACCAAGGAGAAAAUGCGCAGUAGCAUUGAGGGAUGGCGAGACUAUGGACUUUACGCCAAGAGGAAAAGGCAUGUCUUCACUUGAAGAUAAGGAAAACAACAUUGAUUUAAACAACAACAACACCACACAGCAGACUGACCAACUUAAAACUUGUUGCAGUUCAACAAAUGUUGACCAGGAUACUCAACGAACAAAUGGAUUAUCAAAUGUCCCACUUUUGAACAUUCGACCCAGAGUACACCGUUCCUACUCUGAAGGAGUACCAUUGAGUCUUGUCCAGAUUAGAGACUUUGCUUCUUGUGACUUGCAAAAGGACCAGGAACUAGCGACACCCGAAGUAACUCCUUCUAGCAUCACGAGCAACAAGAUUUCGACAUUUCAAAGAUUCAGUAAAGAUCGACGCUCAUGGGCUCCUGGGAACUCAUUCUCCACACAAUAUUCAGACAAUGCUUUUUGCAGGUGGGGGAAUCGUAGCUCGUUCAGGAGGAGCUUUGUUGGAGAUAUGUUUGAGGAGGAUUCGUUGAGCGUCGUGUCGGACUUGUCUACCAUGUCUGGGGAAUCUUCAGUGUCGGGUAUGUCGACUGCAUCAGAACCGGUCCAUGGAAGACACGCAUCCAAGAAAAGAUAUCAUAAAUUAAGAGACCUAUUCAGGCAGUUUAGGUCAAAACAGCGAGGGUCUUCGUACCAAAACACGAUGCCAACAAUACCUCAAAAUGAUGUCAUCAACAUCAAAAGACCUCUGGUCAUACCCAGGAUGAUGAUUUCUACCGUUUAGGACUGGGGAUAACAACAUUAUAAUUGCCAUUCACAAAUAGAGUGCAAACAAUAUAACCAUGAAACUUUAGUAAUACUAAAUAGCACAAUUUCAUGCAAAUUCCAUUGUUUUCUAUUGUUUAAUUAGCACUCUUUUGUACUA